AUGGUAUCUGUAACAACUAUCCAACAACCUCCAUCGUCAAUGCUAAAUCCAAAAAUAUCCCAUCAAAUCCAACAACCAAUAACACCCCAAACAUCAGCUCCAGAAUUUAAAUUAACCCAAUAUGAAAUAAGUUGUAUCAAACUUAUAUGGAAUAGUUUAAACUUAGUCAAUACCGUCUCAACCACUACCACCACCAAUUUACAAAAUACAACAAGAAUAGGUUUACUUCAUAGUACAAGUUCAGGUAGUUUAUCAAUCCAUACUCGAAAAUUAUCCAUAUCAUCCAUUAAUAGUAUACGAUCUAUCACUAAUGCUGUUUCUCCAACAUCCACUACAUCUCAAUUACCAAUUGUAACAUAUAAUGAUUCCAAUUAUAUUCAAUUUCAAUAUGAUCUUUGUACUUUAGUAUUCAACAGAGAAAAUCAUACUUAUAACGAACAUUUAGAUUCUGAUGAUGAUUUUAAUAAUGUCUUGAAUGAAUAUCAAAUCUUAGAAUUGAUAAAUCUAAUAUGUAUCCUCAUAAAUUAUCUUGAAUUUAAUAAAGUCUUACCCACAGGGUAUAUUAUCAAAUUAAGUAAACAAAAUUCUCGAAUUUAUGAUUAUGAUAUAGAGAAAUAUACUUUAUUUGGAGAAUGUUUAAUUAACAAUAUUAUGAAUUAUAUUAAUCAUAGUGGAAAUGAUAAUGAAAGAGCUUUAUUAUCCCUUGAAAAUCAAAUAUCAUUGAAUAAAUUCAUUUCCCAAUUCUUGAAUAUAUUAGCUUAUCAUGGGAAUGAAGUCAUAAUCCAUGAAUUUGAUUCAUAUAUGAUUCCAACUAGUGCAUCUCAACCACCAGGACCUCCUUCAUCAUUAUUAUUACCUCCUACUAUGCCAGUCACAGUUCAUUCUCGAAACCCAUCCAUAACGAAAACCACUACCAAUUCCACCUUAUUAACUGAUUCUCAUUCAAACAUAACUAUUAAUUCCUCACCUUCUUCCAAAGUUAUGAGUGAAACUUCAUCUCAAUUAUCGUUAUAUAAGUCAAACGAUAUGGAUCAUGAUACGAGUCGUAGUAUGAUGGGUCAUGAUGAUGAUGAUAAUGUUACUAUUAGUUCUAGUGGAGAUAUGAAAAAGAGUUAUGUAAAACCAGUGGAUGAAGAAACUUCUAGUACUUUCACCACUGAUACUGAUGAUACAUUUGAUGAUGAAGAUGAUUCAUUUGAUUAUCUUAACUCCUUCUCCUCUUCAAAUUCAAAUAAGAAAAAACGAUUAUCAAUCUUAAAGAAAAAGUCAACUCCAUCAUCAAAUUCCAGAAAUGGAAAUACGAAUACAUUAUCAAGAAUGAAUACCAAUACCAGCGUCAAUACGAAAUAUUCAACCAUGACGAACAAUAAACGUAUGCCCAGUCAAUUAAGUACCACAACUACUAAUUCCACUUUAACUAACGAUAAGAAGAAAAAUGUAAAUGCUGGACCAUCCGAUUCAAUAUAUGCUAGAGGUAGUAAUGGAUCAGAUGAAGGUUGUAUUAUAAUGUAA